GCGCUAAUACUUACUCGAACUUAAGAAUAGUUCCGCCCUUAUUUAUAUAUGUUUUUUCAUUGGUUUAUAUAUGUGUGUGUGUGUGUUGUUAUUAAAGAAGGAUAUAGUUCAAAGAUGAGCAAAUUUGGGAGGAAAGGUUCGUCAGGAUUCUCAGCUUCUUCCACAGCAGAAAUAGUUACCCAAGGAAUUGAUGGAUCUUCUCUCACUGCCAUUGUUACAGGAGCAUCAAGUGGAAUUGGAAGGGAGACAACAAGAGUUAUCGCAUUAAGAGGAGUUCAUGUAAUUAUGGGAGUAAGAAAUAUGGAAGCUGGAAGAAGUGUGAAACAAUCAAUAAUUGAACAAAUUCCAGGUGCUAAGAUUGAUGUAAUGGAAUUGGAUCUCACUUCGAUUUCAUCUGUCAGGAAUUUUGCAUCACAAUUUAUUUCCUUCGACCUUCCUUUGAAUAUUCUCAUUAAUAAUGCAGGGGUUUGUAUUCAGAAAUGGAUGGGUUCCAAGGAUAACAUAGAAAUGAACUUUGCAACUAAUCAUCUAGGUCAUUUUCUUUUGACUAAUCUUUUAUUGGAGAAAAUGAAGGAUACAACACAGAAAAAUAAAAUACAAGGUAGAAUCGUCAAUGUAUCAUCAAUUGGCCACCUUUAUGCUCAAGAAAUUCCUUUCAGUAAAAUCAAUGACAAAUCAUCAAGUAAAAAGAUGGCUUAUCCGCAUUCCAAGCUAGCUAAUGUAGUGCACGCCAAUGAACUUACACGACGUUUCAAGGUGCGUAUCUGA